CUCUGCUACUGGGUCUGGAUCCCGAACUUUAUUCGGCGACACGGAGCAGAACUGUGACCCGGUUAGACAACACCAACAGCGGUCAACUGAGGCUGCGCGGCUUCACGCUGACUUCUGGGCAGCGGCCCCCAGACAGGGAGGGGCCCCCGGACGUCCCGCGGAGCUUUCUGUGGCUCCGCCCCUGAGUCACGUGACCCCCGCCUGUUGCAGCGCAGCGCAGAAGAAGAGCGGCUCUCCUUCCGCGUUCUUCCAGAGCUGACCGAGACGCGGACCUGGAGGGACAGACACACCUGAGGAGCAGCUGUUUUCCACCAGGUCGGCCAUGACGGUUCUGAUAUGAAAGCCGAUGCGGGUCCAGUUCCAGCUGCCGAGCCGUGGAUCAGAACCUCCGCCACGCAGCCGAACGAGAGGACGAUGACCUCUGACCCCCAGCUGGACUUCUUCCAUAAGCUGGGCUUCUCCACGGCUCAGGUCCGGGCCGUCCAGAGGAAGUUCGGCGCCGACACCGACAAGGUUCUGGGAGAGCUGGUCCGGGUCAGAGCCGGCCCGCGGACUGCCGUGUCGGUCGUGGUGCCGCGAGGCGACCCCGAGGCCCCGGGCCCCGAGCUGCUGGUCCCCGUCCCCGACCCGUCGACCCGGAACCAGAACCGGGACCAGGAGGACAGAGACGCCCUGAGGGCCGUGGUGAUCGACGGCAGCAACGUCGCCAUGAGCCAUGGCAACAAGGAAGUUUUCUCCUGCCUGGGGAUCCAGCUGGCCGUCAACUUCUUCCUGGACCGGGGCCACAGCGACGUCACCGUGUUCGUCCCGUCCUGGAGGAAGGAGCAGCCCAGACCGGACGUCCCCAUCGCAGAUCAGCACAUCCUGCGGGAGCUGGAGAAGAAGAAGAUCCUGGUGUUCACGCCGUCCCGCCGCGUCGCAGGGAAACGCGUCGUCUGCAACGACGACUGCUUCAUCGUGAAACACGCCUUCGAGUCGGACGGCGUCAUCGUGUCCAACGACCUUUACCGCGACCUGCAGGGCGACAAGCCCGAGUGGCGCCGCUUCAUCCAGGAGCGGCUGCUCAUGUACUCCUUCGUCAACAACAAGUUCAUGCCGCCAGACGACCCGCUGGGCCGACACGGACCCGACCUGGAGAACUUCCUCCGGAAGUUCCCGAAGACGCAGAAGAAGGCGCCGUGUCCCUACGGGAAGAAAUGUACGUACGGCACCAAAUGUAAGUUCCACCAUCCGGAGCGGUUCAAACAGAACCCCGGCCCGGUUCCGGACCCGAACCCGUCUCUUGUGGACGACCUGGCCCGGAAGCUGACUCUGGCCCAUGGCAGCAGUUCUGGAAGGAAACUGGAACCGGUCCGGUCCGGACACCGCUCCGGCAGGAAGUCCCAGUCCAGGAAGGAGAAGGCGGGCCAGCAACCGGACCACGGACCCGUCCGGAACCAGGGCUCCCAGGACCAGCUGGACUCCGGCCUGGGAUCCAUAGACAGUCAGAACCCGGGUAGUCUCCCCGACCCGAAGUACGCCGCGCCGUACGGAACCGGGCCAGUACCGUUCUGCAGCUGCUGCUCACUCAGUCCGAUCCGGAUGGUUCCGGCUGACCUGGCCCGCUACAACCCGACCCGGUACCCCAGCUGUGGCCCGGUUCCGCUCAGCAGCCACGCCAACAGCCAGCCUCCGGACUUCCAGCAAACCCACCAGCACCGGUACUGGUCCGACCCGUUCGGACGAAUCCCCGAGGCUCACGGCCCUGCAGGGGCCUGGGAAACUGGUCCAGGUCCAGAACCGGGUCUAGAACCAGGUCCGGAGCAGAGGGAGGUGGUCCGGAAGAAGCUCCUGGCCAUUUUCAGCGCCCAGCUGGUGGACUCAGCCAUGGACCGGUUCCCCCAGGUUCUGGACCCGCAGGUUCUGGUGGCAGAGAUCCUGGCCCUCCAGAGUCAGAACCGGUACCUGAGGUGAGUCCGGUCCGGUCGGGUCGGAUCGUCCCUCAGACCAGCAUCAGUCGGUGUGUUUUGGUAUCGUGGUAUCCACCUGGCAACAAUCCCAGCGCUCUGGAUCCGAACCGGGUCGGGUCAGAUCAGACCGGGUCGGGAACCAGCGCUGGUCAUGUGAUACAAAUUGUAUCUUUAUUUAAUUAAAGCAACUAAAUGGACCUGAGCUCGGCCCAUUUAGAGCAUUACUGGGUCAGAACCUCCAGAACGUUUUCCUCCAUAAUGUUCUCAUUCACACAGAAACACCUCGACCUUUGACCUCAGUUAUAAUAAUCAUUUUUAUAAAAUAAAUUCAUGUGAAAAUUCAUUUAAUCAUUUUUAGGCUGACCGGUCCAGUCCAGAUGAACAGAACCAUGAGGUUCUGAGCAAAUAGAAAUGGACCUCUAAACCGGCUUCAUGCCGAUUGAAUCUCAGUCAUUUUCAUGUUAAAAUCUGGAUUUUAUUUCAUUUUAGAGCCAAAAUAUGGCAGCAGUGACGUGCGGUCAGGGGAGGCACAUCAUGGAAAGAAAGAAAAUAUAUAAUCAUAAAGUAAUUUAAAUUGUUAUAUUCAUCCGGUGAUUUGUACUAAAAAAUAUUUAUUUUUCGUGUAGCUUCACCAAUUUCGAUUUUUAUUUGUUCAAAAUCGCUGAAUUUUCUUAUUUUCCCAUUCAAAUGCUUGGAAGCGAUGCCGGUGAGGCAGCAGCGAGAUCUGCCUCACCUUGGAUUGCGCAACCCCUGGCUCUGCGCUGGCUGCUAAGCGGAGAGAGCAUGUUGCUGUACGGCGUCAAUAAAAUGGUUUAAACAAAUUUAAUAUGUGAACUUAUUUCCAAUAAUUUAGCUUAUGUAUAUAAUGUACAGUGCUUUUUGUCACCAACUGUGUUUGUGUAAGCGUGUUUCGUGUAAUGAGCGAUUAUAAACGGCAGAGAACAGGUUCGAGGUGAGGCAGGCAGUUCUCUUGCCUCAUGGCAGGGGGCGCUCAAGAUCCCAGACGUUCGUCUUGUUCACUCCUCAACUGCCGAGUAAGUGACAGCGAGCUAGGCUAAACGAUUCGGGAAGCAAGUCAAGUGCAGCGAUAGAUUAUAAUAGAGAUAGUGAUUUUUUUCCUCUCGCUUAUCCCGACUUUCGACAUUUAUUUUGUUUUGUUUUUUAAGGAAAUGUGUGUUUUGUGAGCUACAGUUUGUAUGUGUAAGGAUGCAGAAGUGAAACAUAACCUGUAAACUGCUGUCAAUCUAUGCAUCUAUUUGCAAAUCUGAUUCUGAUGACGUCAGUGCCUCACCAGCUAUGAACCUCACCGCACGUCACUGUAUGGAAGUAUUGUUAAGUCUGGCCAGAGGGGGCAGUAGUGAGCUCCAGUGCUGGUUCCGAGCUCCGACGGAACCUCUGCGAUGGACACCAUGGCAACAGUCUGUAAAUCUGUCUGGAAGGUUCUGGAAGGUUCUGGUUGUCUCGGCUAAUGGAUAUUUGGGUUAAAGAGGAAAGUUUCUUCUCCUCUGGAACAUUCUGGAACCGUUUGAAUCCGAUUUUAAUCUGAAAUCUGAACUGGUUUAGACCAGACAGGUUAUCUUGUUAGCUUGAGCUAAUCCUGGAUGGGAACAGAUUCACCUUUAUGAGGUUCAGCUCUGCUGCUGACUGGGAAUUAUUUUUGAUUUUCCUUUUUUUAUUUUCUGUUUUUGUGUAAAACUAUGAAUUGUUCUGUUUUUUGUUUUUUUUGUUUUUGUUUUUUUUAAAUAAAGAACCUUUACGAAA